AAAAGCCCAUCGCAUCACUCGCUCUUCUUUUAUAAUUUGUUUUGAAAAAUGUAAAAUGCCUUUCUAUUACAUUAAAAUUUAUUCAAACAAAUUAGAUUGGUUCAACUGACAAAAGUUUACAUGUUUUUAAUAUACAAUUUAAUCAAAGAAAAAUGAAACUAGUUAGUAAAAAUGUUGAUAAAGGCCAAGGGUCAGUAGUACUGAUACCUGAAGAAAAUGAGGAUAUGUGGCAUGCAUAUAAUUUGAUAGCUGUUGGUGAUAAAGUUCGAAGUACCACUAUACGAAAAGUCCAAAAUGAAAGUGCUACCGGCUCAUCGACAAGCAGCCGUAUAAGGACAACAUUAACUAUAAGCGUUGAAAACAUAGAUUUUGAUACUCAAGCCUGUGUGCUAAGAUUAAAAGGAAGGAAUAUUGAAGAAAAUCAAUAUGUUAAGAUGGGUGCUUAUCACACACUUGAUUUAGAACUAAACCGAAAAUUUGAAUUAGCCAAAGCAGAAUGGGAUUCUAUAGCAUUAGAACGAAUUGAAAUGGCUUGUGAUGCAACUCAAUCAGCAGAUGUUGCUGCUGUUAUUAUGCAAGAAGGUUUAGCUCAUGUUUGUUUAAUUUUAUCAAGUAUGACAUUGAUACGUAGUAAAAUUGAAGUUGGUAUUCCACGUAAACGCAAAGGUAACUGUGCACAGCAUGAUAAAGGUUUACAUAAAUUUUAUGAAGCUGUAAUGCAAGGAAUUUUAAGACAUGUUAAUUUUGAUAUUGUUAAAUGUGUACUCAUCGCAUCGCCCGGUUUCGUUAAAGAUCAAUUUUUUGAUUAUAUGAUUGAGCAAGCAACAAAAUUAGACAAUAAAAUUAUAUUAGAAAAUAAAAGUAAAUUUUUACUGGUGCAUGCUUCGUCAGGAUUUAAACAUUCACUGAAAGAAAUUCUACAAGAUUCAUCAGUUAUUGCAAAAAUGUCUGAUACAAAAGCUGCUGGUGAAGUUAAAUCUCUUGAAAAUUUUUAUACAACGUUACAAUGUGAGCCGGCAAAAGCUUUUUAUGGUAAAAAACACGUAAUGGCAGCUGCAGAGGCAUCUGCAAUAGAAACACUUCUAAUAUCUGAUAAUCUAUUCCGGUGCCAAGAUAUAAAUCUUCGCAAAGAAUAUGUAAAUUUAGUUGAAUCUGUUAGGGAAUCUGGCGGUGAAGUUAAAAUAUUUUCUAGUAUGCAUAUAUCAGGUGAACAAUUGGCUCAGUUAACCGGUGUUGCUGCAAUAUUAAGAUUUCCAAUGCCAGAACUUGAAGAGAGUGAUGAAGAAGAUGAAGGUGCUGCCGGCGGAGAUUCAGACUAAUUUUAUUUUCUUGAAAAAAAAAAACAAAAUCCUUAAACAUACAUUAUAUAUAUAUAUAUAUUUUUUUUUUAAUAUUUAAAUUAUUGUAACGCAAAUUUUGUAUAAAAAGAAAAAAGAAAACAAACAAACAAAUAAUUAAUAUAACAAAUAAAAAAUAUUUUUGUUUCAAUUUUGUAA